UUGCUUCGCACCAGUGUGUCCUCGCCAAGGGAAGUAGAUUGCACUUGCCCCAGCCGUCACCACCCCGUUGCAUUGCGCGUACCUCGUACAGGGAUAGGAUCGGAUUCCUGUCUUUCAGAACAUCUUUCCAUACCUACGCCAGAGCCUGAGAUGUCAGUGAUCACAAUUGAAUGAGGUCUGAUCAGUGCUUUCACACGUUCCUCGUCUGCUCUCGUGCGCUCAACAAAAUCUGCAUUUGGGGAGUCCGCAAGCAUCUGCACUACAGGAAAGGAAAAGGCAACACUGACCUUGACUAUAACAACGUUUUAUCUACUUGCACCUGAAUAUGAUGGAGUUUCCUACCCUGUCUGCGGCUGAUUUAGCCGACCUGUAUUCUGUGAUCCCUUUCAUUGCCACAUUGCCUGAGGAUUCUACAGGGCUGCCAUCAAGAGGCAAUGAAACCGGGAAGGGUUCUUCGAAGGACACCACAAGUAUUAUAAUCGCAGUAUCUAUAACUGCUCUCUACUCUAUUAUAUGCAUUGUUGGACUGCUUGGAAACAUUCUCGUUAUGUAUGGAGUGGUGAGAUACACCAAAAUGAAGACAGCCACUAACAUCUACAUCUUCAACUUGGCCCUGGCCGAUGCUUUGGCUACCAGCACUCUGCCCUUCCAGAGUGCCAAGUACCUGAUGAACACCUGGCCCUUUGGAGAGUUCCUGUGUAAAGUGAUCCUCGCCAUUGACUACUACAACAUGUUCACCAGUAUCUUCACCCUGACCAUGAUGAGCGUGGACCGCUACAUCGCUGUGUGCCACCCGGUCAGGGCCCUGGACUUUAGAACACCUGCCAAGGCCAAGAUGAUCAACGUGUGCAUCUGGAUCCUCUCCUCUGCCAUAGGAGUGCCCAUCAUGGUCAUGGCGGUUACCAAGGUGACAGACAAAGGCAAUACUGGCUGCAUGCUACAGUUUCCUCAGCCAGACUGGUACUGGGACACGGUGACUAAGAUUUGCGUGUUCAUAUUUGCCUUCGUGGUGCCAACCCUGGUCAUCACCAUCUGCUACGGCCUGAUGAUUCUCCGCCUGAAGAAUGUCCGGCUGCUCUCCGGUUCAAAGGAGAAAGAUCGAAAUUUGCGGCGCAUUACCCACAUGGUCCUGGUGGUGGUGGCGGUCUUCAUAAUUUGCUGGACGCCCAUCCACAUCUUUAUCAUCCUCAGGACCAUGGUGCAGAUCAACAGCACGAACCCCUAUGUGAUCGCCAGCUGGCACCUGUGCAUCGCGCUGGGCUACAUGAACAGCAGCCUCAACCCCCUGCUCUAUGCCUUCCUGGACGCGAACUUCAAGAGGUGCUUUAGGGAUUUCUGCCUGCCUUUCCGCCCCAACAUGGACCAGAGCAGCUUCUCCAGAGCCCACAACUCCACGCGAGAGCCCACCACCGUGUGUCCCCCGAGAGUGUUGGUGAGGAAGCCUGUAUGACUAGGCAUGGAGCAGUGUCCUGGAGACUCCCGCUCACGGACAGUCCAGGCCGACUUACAGACUGAUGUCACACAGUUCUCCACAGAUUUCUGACAGUAGCUCUGGCUUUAGACCUACAGCACAAAACCCACUGCAACAUUUGCAUAGAGUGUGAUGUCACAUUUUUUGGCCUAUCCAGACAAAAACUAGAUUUACUCUUCCUCUAACCUAACAUAGCAGGCAUAAAUUCCCCUUUCAGUGGAAAGGAAUCUACAGUGGCUUGCGAAAGUAUUCAACCCCCUUGGCAUUUUUCCUGUUUUUUUGCCUUACAACCUGGAAUUAAAAUAGAUUUUUGGGGGGUUUGUAUCAUUUGCUUUACACAACAUGCCUACCACUUUGAAGAUGGAAAAUAUUUGUUAUUGUGAAACAAACUAGAAGUAAGACAAAAAAAACAGAACUUGAGCGUACAUAACUAUUCACCCUCACAAAGUCGAUACUUUGUAGAGCGACCUUUUGCAGCAAUUACAGCUGCAAGUCUCUUUGGGUAUGUCUCUAUAAGCUUGGCACAUCUAGCCACCGGGAUUUUCCCCCAUUCUUCAAGGCAAAACUGCCACAGCUCCUUCAAGUUGGAUAGUUUCCGCUGGUGUACAGCAAUCUUUAAGUCAUACCACAGAUUCUAAAUUAGAUUGAGGUCUGGGCUUUGACUAGGCCAUUCUAAGACAUUUAAAUGUUUCCCCUUAAACCACUCAUGUGUUGCUUUAGCAGUAUGCUUAGGGUCAUUGUCCUGCUGGAAGGUGAACCUCCGUCCCAGUCGCAAAAAAACAGAAACAGGUUUCACUCUGUAUUUAGCGCCAUCCGUCAUUCCUUCAAUUCUGACCAGAUUCCCAAUCCCUGCCGAUGAAAAACAUCCCCACAGCAUGAGGCUGAUACCACCAUGCUGGAGUUCUCGAGGUGAUGAGAGGUGUUGGGUUUGUGCCAGACAUAGUGUUUUCCUUGAUGGCCAAAAAGCUCAAUUUAUGUUUGGGGAGUCUCCCACAUGCCUUUUGGCGAACACCAAACAUGUUUGCUUAUUUUUUUCUUCAAGCAAUGGCUUUUUUCUGGCCACUCUUCCAUAAGCCCAGCUCUGUGGAGUGAACAGCUUAAAGUGGUCCUAUGGCCAGAUACUCAAAUCUCCGCUAUGGAGCUUGCAGCUCCUUCAGGAUUAUCUUUGGUCUCUUUGUUGCCUCUGAUAAAUGCCCUCCUUGCCUGGUCUGUGAGUUUUGGUGGGCGGCCCUCUCUUGGCAGGUUUGUUGUGGUGCCAUAUUCUUUCCAUUUAUUAAGAAUGGAUUUAAUGGUGCUCCAUGGGAUGUUCAAAGUUUCAUAUAUUUUUUUAUAACCCAGCCCUGAUCUGUACUUCUCCACAAUGUUAUCCCUGACCUGUUUGGAGAGCUCCUUGGUCUUUAUGGUGCCGCUUGCUUGGUGGUGCCGCUUGCUUAGUGGUGUUGCAGACCCUGGGGCCUUUCAGAACAGGUGUGUGUAUAUCAAUACUGAGAUCAUGUAACACUUAGAUUGCACACAGGUGGACUUUAUUUAACUAAUUAUGUCACUUCUCAAGGUAACUGGUUGCACCAGAUCUUAUUUAGGGGGCUUCAUAGUAAAGGGGGCGAAUACAUAUGCACUCACCAUUUUUCUGUUUUUUUAUUUUUUUUUAAUUGUUUGAAACACGUAAUUUUUUUCAUUUCACUUUACCAAUUUGGACUAUUUUGUGUAUGUCCAUUGCCAGAAAUCCAAAUAGAAUUCCAUUUAAAUUACAGGUUGUAAUGCAACAAAAUAGGAAAAAUGCCAAGGGGGAUGAAUACUUUUGCAAGGCACUGUAAAGUUGAAAUAGCUGUAUCCCUAAAAACCAGAUUACAUCCAGUUGUUGCAUUGGCCAGGGCCAAAAAUCUGUCAUUCUGCCCCUGAGCAAGGCAGUUAACCCACUGUUUCCCGGGUGCCGAAGACAUGGAUGUUAAUUAAUGGUGAUUCAGAGGGGUUGGGUUGAAUGUGGAAGACACAUUUCAGUUGAAGGCAUUCAGUUGUACAACUGACUAGAUAUCUCCCUUUCCCUGGUGUUGUUGCAUAAUGACCAAUACGCUACCCCUCACUGGGCACAGACAUCAGUUCAAUCCCUGGUGUAGCAUACCUCCUGAGGUCGGGCCCCCCAGAUAGCAUUUGAACACUUCAUAAGCCAUGAUUUUAUUCAUUUUUUAUUACAGGAAAUUAGCUUAAAACUGCAAAGUGUUCUCUGCCGAUAAUGGAUAUUAACUGAAAAAUUAUCGUAUGCAGUUUCUUGCAAUAGCCCUCUGUGACUUUAAAUAAUAUUUAUCUCAAAACUUUGCUUUCUGAAUGAUGUGUCCAGAGAUGUGUUUAACUUAAUCAGAUUUGUCAAAAUCCUAAAUUAAUCAGGAAUGAGCAUGGUCAGCUAUACCAUAUUCAUGUGCAACAAAACCACUCAUGGUCUGUAAAGUUCUCUACUUUUUAUAAAUUUAACAAACAAUAUUGGAAUCACCAUGGUCACAAUCAUAAACUGUCAACUCCAUCUGCCUGAUAGAUUAAAAUAUAACAUGAAUUUUAGUUUAAAUAUGUUACAUGCAAUUGGGUUUUAGAGACAAAGCAACUGAGGAAAAACUAAAUUGCUGCUAUGUAUACCACUUGAAUGAAGAAGAAAAAUGUAAUCUUUGUAAAACAUCAACUCUGUCAGAUUGCUGAAAGAUCUGAUAGAUUGAGUAUGUUUGUAUUGGGGAUUUUCAAAUGAAUCAUUUUCCAUAUCUUACAAAUGUUUGUAUUUUACUUUUAGAGUCAAAAAUAUGUCUGUUUUUGAGAAUCUGUUGUCAACUCCGUCAUUGGCUUGUCAUCUCUGUCACAGAUGGCUAAGCCCCUUUAAGAUCAAUAUUUUUGUCAAUAUUCUGAACAAAUAUUGUAAUCACUGUUAUGCAACAUAUGGCUAAAAAAUGUGAAGUAUUUGCUCUGCUAUGUUUGCUUUCUAAACCUAGAAAAACCUAGCUCUGGAGCAUUUAAUAGUGCUAUAAAGCAAAACAAAAAGACCUUUUGGAAAUUUGUAUUAAAUAUUUGAAUAAUCUAAUAUUAGAAUUAUAAACAAUUAAGGUCUUUAAACACUUGUUACACUAUCCUUGUAAAAAGUAAAUACCUUUUAUGGUGUCAGACAGAGUUUAAAUUAAUCCAGUUAGUUGCAUUUUAUGAAAGAUUUUUUUUUAAUGAGGUUGUUCCAUUAGAUGGUGUGAUAGCUGAUACUUUGGUCUAUAAAAAAUAGUGCCUUCGGAAAGAAUUCAGACCCCUUGAUUUUUUCCACAUUUUGUUAUGUUAGAGCCUUAUUCUAAAAUUGAUUAAAUAUUUGUUUAUAUCGCAGUGAUCUACACACAAUACCCCAUAAUGACAAAGUGAAAACAGGUUUUUAGAAAUUCUAGGAAAUGUAUAAGUAUUCAAAACGUUUGCUAAGAGACUCGACAUUGAGCUCAGGUGCGUCCUGUUUCCAUUGAUCAUCCUUGAGAUGUUUCAACAACUUGAUUGGAGUCCACUUGUGGUAAAUUCAAUUGAUUGGACAUGAUUUGGAAAGGCACCUGUCUAUAUAAGGUCUCACAGUUGAGACAUGUCAGAGCAAAAAACCAAGCCAUGAGGUCAAAGGAAUUGUCCGAAGAGCACAGAUCUGGGGAAGGGUACCAAAAGAUGUCUGCAGCAUUGAAGGUCCACAAGAACACAGUGGCCGGUGUCAUUCAUCAUUCCUAAAUGGAAGAAGUUUGGAACCACCAAGACUCUUCCUAGAGCUGGCCGUCUGGCGAAACUGAUAAAUCGGGGGAGAAGGGCCUUGGUCAGGGAGGUGACCAAGAACCUGAUGGUCACUCUGACAGAGCUCGAGAGUUCCUCUGUGAAGAUGGGAUAACUUUCAAAAAGGACAACCAUCUCUGCAGUACUCCAUCAAUCAGGCCUUUAUGGUAGAGUGGUCAGACGGAAGCCACUCCUCAGUAAAAGGCACAAGACAGCCCGCUUGGAGUUUGCCAAAAGGCACCUAACCAACAAGAUUCUCUGGUCUGAUGAAACAAAGGUUCAACUCUGGCACCAUCCCUACAGUGAAGCAUGGUGGGGUCAGCAUCAUACUGUGUGGCUGUGUUUCAGGGGCAGGGACUAGGAGGCUAGUCAGGUAUGAGGCAAAGAUGAAUGGAGGAAAGCACAGAGAGAUCCUUGAUGAAAACCUGCUCCAGAGUGCUCAGGAACUCAGACUUCCCACAGGACAACGACCUGUGGCACACAGCCAAGACAGUGCAGGAGUGGCUUCUGGACAAGAUUCUGAAUGUCCUUGAGUGGCCCAGCCAGAGCCCUGACCUGAACCCAUUCUAAUAUCUCUGGAGAGACCUAAAAAUAGCUCUGCAGCAACGCUCCCUAUCUAACCUGACAGCGCUUGAAAUGAUCUGCAGAGAAGAAUGGGAGAAACUCUCCAAGUACAGGUGUGCCAAGCCAACCCAAGAAGACUCAAGGCUAUAAUUGCUGCCAAAGGUGCUUUAACAAAGUACUGAGUAAAAGGCCUGAAUACUUAUGUAAAUGUAAUAUUUUUAUAUGAAUGAGCAACAAUUCUAAAAACCUGUAUUUGCUUUGUCAUUAUGGGGUAUUGUGUGUAAAUCCACUAGGGAAAAACACAAUUUAUUCAAUUUUAGAAUAAGGCUGUAACCUAACAAAAUUUGGAAAAAUCAAGGUGUCUGAAUAGUUUCCAACGGCACUGUAUAUAUAUUUCAAAUGUUGCUAAUAUUAAAACAAAUAGUUGUGGAUUGUUGUUAUUGUUAUUUCAAGAAUCCCUGACCUCUAAAACAGCAACAACAACAAAAACAUCUCUGCCACAUGGAAAAAAAGAUCAAUCCUGAAAGAAAAUAUUUUGGGGGGUUAUUUUUUGCGGUUGUUGGGCCUUGCUCGAACCUUGUGGGAAGCCCAGCUAUAUGUGUCCUACGCCACUUAGUUAAAUGUAGUUUUCAACUAAAGUGAAUUCAACAAAAAGUUAUUUCGAUUUUGGGUUAAAAAAAAAAAAACUAAAUGCCCUUAAGACUUCUUGCAAAUCCAAUCAGUUUUCCAUGUUGAUUCAACGUCAUCACAUUGGGUUGAAAUUAUGUGGAAACAAUAUUGAUUCAACCAGUUUUUUUCCAGUGGGCAGUCUGUAGCAAGUCUUGCAGUUUAAUUAAAUAUUGUAACAUUAUUGCCUUACUAUGUAUACAUCUUGUCAGUUGCUUUUGGCAGCAAAAUGAGGCAGCAAACAAAAAAAACUAUUUAUUUUACCUCAUUUAAAAUUACACAUUUCUUUGUUGUGUUUUAAAGAAUGAAUCUGGAUUUUUAUUUAUUUGCUGUAGUAGAUGCUCAGCUAAUUUAACAAUGGGAAGCAUUAACAUAAAUAAAUAUCUGCAUUGUGUUUUAGAAGUACUGAAUGUGUGUGAUGCAUACAGUAUACGUUAUGUGUCUUUAUUUAUUGGUUUCUUCCAUUUAUGAGUUUCUUGAAGCAUGCAUGUGAGGAUUUUGUGAUGGUGUAUUGUACAAUUUCACUGAAGUGAGAGGUUGGAGUAUAAUUUUACAAUUUCAGCACUUAAGACAUUUUAUAAAACUUUGUUUUGCAGGAGUUGGCAGAGCUGAAUCCUAACAUUUAUAUAAUUUCUGU